UCGGAUGUCAGCAUUCCGAGUCCGCGCCAUCCCGCUCCGGCUCUGCGGUGUUUAGGAGGUGGAAGAUGGGUCCCGAGGCGGCGAGGUAGGUGCCCGCGAUUGUCGCGUCAACAGCGGGGGAAGUUCUUCACCUCGCUCGGAUCUUUUCUCAAAGUCUCAUUUUGGGGUGCGAUUGAGUAUUCAGCAUGAGUAAUAUCUACGAGUCUGCAGAGGCCACGCUGGGCUUCAUCAGCUCUCCGUGCCUGACCAAAGUGGAGCUGAGAGUGGCCUGUCGGGGAAUCUCAGACCGAGACGCCCUCUCCAAACCCGACCCUUGCGUGGUUCUGAAGAUGCAGUCGCACGGACAGUGGUUUGAGGUGGACCGUACAGAGGUAAUCCGCAGCAGUAGCAGCACGGUCUUCUCCAAAAUCUUCCUGGUGGAUUAUUACUUUGAAGAGGUGCAAAGGCUUCGCUUUGAACUGCACGACAUCAGCUCGGGCAGCAACGGCCUGCGCGAUGCGGAUUUCCUCGGCGCCAUGGAGUGCACCUUGGGACAGAUUGUCUCACAGAGGAAACUGUCCAAAGCUCUCCUCAAACAAGGAAACACUGCGGGGAAGUCUUCCAUAAUGGUGACAGCGGAGGAGCUGUCUGGUAAUGACGACUACGUGGAACUCUCUUUCAGCGCUCGUAAACUGGACGACAAGGAUUUCUUCAGCAAGUCCGAUCCGUUCCUGGAGAUUUUCAGAAUAAAUGACGACGGGAGCGAGUCUCUUGUUCACCGAACGGAGACGGUCAUGAACAACUUGAGCCCCGUAUGGAAAUCGUUCAAAGUUUCCUUCAACACGCUCUGCAGCGGCGACCAUGAACGGGAGCUAAAGUGUACAGUUUGGGACUGGGACUCGAACGGAAAGCAUGAUUUUAUCGGGGAGUUUCAGACCACGUUUAAGGAGAUGAGGGCGGAGCAAGAGGGCAAGCAGAUUCAGUGGGAGUGUAUCAACCCGAAAUACCAGAUGAAAAAGAAGAAUUACAGAAACUCUGGCGUCGUCAUUAUCAACCACUGUAAGAUCAUCAAAAUGUAUUCCUUCUUGGAUUAUAUCAUGGGAGGCUGUCAAAUCCAGUUCACAGUGGCAAUAGACUUCACAGCCUCCAACGGGGACCCUCGAAACAGCUGCUCCCUCCAUUACAUCCACCCCUACCAGCCCAAUGAGUAUCUCAAGGCUCUAGUGGCCGUGGGGGAGAUCUGCCAAGACUACGACAGUGAUAAAAUGUUCCCCGCUUUCGGUUUUGGAGCAUUAAUACCGCCUGACUUCAAGGUGUCACAUGAUUUCGCUGUGAGCUUUGAUGAAGACAAUCCUGAAUGUGCAGGGAUCCAAGGCGUAGUCGAGGCCUACCAGAAUUGCCUUCCCAAGAUUCAGCUAUACGGGCCAACCAACAUCGCCCCCAUCAUCCAGAAAGUGGCGUCGUCCGCCUCCGAGGAGAUGCACACCAAAGAGGCUAUGGAAUAUUUCAUCCUGCUCAUCCUGACAGACGGCGUCAUCACCGACAUGGCCGACACGCGGGAGGCCAUCGUGCACGCCUCCCACCUACCCAUGUCCGUCAUCAUUGUCGGCGUGGGCAACGCAGACUUCACCGACAUGCAGAUUCUGGACGGGGAUGAUGGCAUCCUGCGUUCCCCCAAGGGCGAGCCGGUACUCCGCGACAUCGUCCAGUUCGUCCCCUUCAAGGAUUUCAAGCAUGCGUCCCCAGCUGCCCUGGCAAAGAGUGUUCUGGCGGAAGUCCCAAACCAGGUGGUGGAUUACUACAACGCUAAAGGCAUCAAACCCAAGUGUAUGUCGGACUAUGAGUCAACACAGACCUUCAGCCCCUGACCGCGGACUGACUCCACAUGUUUACACACAAAUGCACAAACGCGGCGUCGUGUACAUACAAUACAAAAACAUUAGUCUAGCUUGUUACGGUGAACCAAUCUAGAGCCCGUUAUGAUUACUGCAUGUUUGGCCAUGAUGGCGUUAGCCGGGAAAUGAUUAAUUGUAUAUCUUACAGAUGUUUCUAGAAAUGAGUCUGCAGAACCAGCAUGCGACCAUCCCAAAGAAAUGACACUAUAACUUAUUUAUACAACUAGCAAGUGCAUAGAUGACACAGUAUGACAAACUCCGAAUUAGCGCUGCAUUUUGUAUUCAUGCAAAUAUUAGUCCCCUUGCUAGUGUUUUGCAUAAAUGCAUGCAUAAUCCCGCUAGUUUUGAAAUAAAGUAUUUCUGCCAUUUUAAUGACACACUGGGCUGUCUUGUUUUAUUUUCUACGGAAUCAUUUACAUUUUUCGGGGUAAAUAACUGAAUGAUUCUAACCAUUUCUUCUUAAUCUUCUUAUUGUAAAGAGUUUUGCAGGGAUAGCUGAGUACAGUAGGUGUAAUAGGCUGUUUCUUCCCUGUACGAUUGCAUGUUCAGUACAAUAAAGACACUUUGUUUUUCUCA